AUCUAUUGGGUAACUAACAUCACCAAUCGUUUGAUAAAAGUAGUAGUGAAUCUCGCAUCAAAAUCGAUGAAAUAAGCUGUAAAUUCAUGAAUAAAAAGCUAUUUAGGGAAGUGUAAACAGCAACAAUAAAUUAUUAUGCUACAUGCAAAUUAAAAUUUUUGAAAUUUAACAUAAUAAUUUAAAUACACGUGACCAAAUAAUUUUUGCAUGCAUGUCUUUGUAUAGAUCUAUAAAUCCAUGCAUCAUUUAACUCUACACUUAAUUAAUAAACCUACAUGCAAUGCCAUUUAAUUCAAUAACAUAACAAUUUUAACAGUCAUGGUCAUUUUUAAAAAAAAAAAAUACUCAUCCAGUAGUAAUGUCAACUUUAUAAUACUAUAUAUCAACUUAGUGCUACUUUUUAAAAGAUUUUUAAAAAAGUGAUUUAGAUGUGACAUUCUUUUAAAGUUAAUUUUCAUUGAAUUCUUCAUUCAGGACAGUCAAAAAAGUGGUGAAGGUAGCCAGGAUAUGUUCGAGUCCCAGGAGUCUGCACAGCUGGCUCCAGUCAAUGACGGAUCUGGCUGUACUGCACCAUGCAGGGGCUGUACAGAAAACACAAAGCUGCUACACACAAUUUUGCAAGAGCUGAGGGAACUCAAAGAAGGGUUAAAUGCCAGAAGUGAUGAUUAUAAGAAAUUCGUCAUGGAGAAUUCAGAUAUUGAGGCUCCCUUGCUGGAAUUCUUGAAGACUGCAUUUCCAGUCAAAGUUUUUUUAAACACUACAGACUUAGAAUUGAAAGCUAAAGUGGUGUCCUUAGUGCACAGACUAGGAAUAAAGGCUGAUAUGCCAGUGAUCAUGCGAAGCGUAAACAAAUAUGCAGCAAGGAAGUUUGUUGACUUCCGAUCACAAACAAAAGUUAAGUUGCUGUCAGGGAAAAAGGACGCUGGAAAUCUGAGUGUUCAGGACCUGGGGAAAGAGUUGUUCCAGAGAUUCUCCCCAGUCCUGAACAAUCAGAUUGAACAGACUACAGUUGUUUUGAGAGCCUUCUGCCAUGAACGAAAGCUAUUCAAGAAAAGGCGAAGUGAGGUUUCCACUUCAAUGGAUUUCUGGUCUGAAUUUAAGACAUUCAGAAGGAUGGUGGAGGAGGACCAGGAUCCAUUGAAGUGGGAAAGGCUGAUGGCCAGGGAAGAAAAGAGGAUUGAGAGAUAUCAAAAGCUCCUCUAGAUUAAAAGAAAGAAGAACAAAGAAUAUACAAUAUGCAGUGACCAGAAUAAAAUUUAAAUUACCCUGAUCAAA